CGCCGCAGGGUAGGUCCCUGCCUGCGCAGCGCGGGCCUCGCGGUGACCCACUUCUCGUCUCCCCCGCACCCGGCUGGGUCCACCAUGAACGCCGGCGGCCAGGGCUACCCGCUGGCCUCGCUCUACGUGGGCGACCUGCACCCAGACGUGAACGAGGCCAUGCUCUAUGAGACGUUCUCGCCCGCCGGCCCCAUCCUGUCCAUCCGCGUGUGCCGCGACGUGGCCACCAGGCGCUCGCUGGGCUACGCCUACAUCAACUUCCAGCAGCCGGCCGACGCCGAGCGGGCACUGGACACAAUGAACUUUGAGUUGAUCAAAGGCCAACCCAUCCGCAUCAUGUGGUCACAGAGAGACCCAGGACUCCGCAGAUCAGGUGUGGGCAACAUCUUCAUCAAGAACCUGGAGGACUCCAUUGACAACAAGGCUUUAUAUGAUACCUUCUCCACCUUUGGGAACAUCCUCUCUUGCAAGGUGGUAUGUGACGAGCACGGCUCUCGGGGCUUCGGCUUUGUGCAUUUUGAGACCCAUGAGGCUGCGCAGCAGGCCAUCAGCACCAUGAACGGGAUGCUGCUGAAUGACCGCAAAGUCUUUGUUGGCCACUUCAAGUCUCGAAGGGAGCGGGAGGCCGAGCUGGGCGCCCGGGCCCUGGAGUUCACCAACAUCUAUGUGAAGAACCUGCACGUGGACACGGACGAGCAGGCCCUGCAGGACCUCUUCUCCCAGUUUGGAAAGAUGCUGAGUGUGAAGGUGAUGAGGGACAACAGCGGCCACUCCCGGGGCUUCGGCUUUGUCAACUUUGAAAAGCAUGAGGAAGCCCAGAAGGCUGUGGACCAAAUGAAUGGGAAGGAGGUGAGCGGGCUGCUGCUGUAUGUGGGCCGAGCCCAGAAGCGGGCAGAGCGGCAAAAUGAGCUGAAGCGCAGGUUCGAACAAAUGAAGCAGGACAGGCAGAACCGCUACCAGGGCGUGAACCUGUAUGUGAAGAAUCUGGAUGACUCCAUUGAUGACGAGAGACUGAGGAAAGUGUUCUCUCCCUACGGAGUGAUUACCAGUGCGAAGGUGAUGACAGAGGGUGGCCACUGCAAGGGGUUUGGCUUUGUGUGUUUUUCCUCUCCAGAAGAGGCAACCAAAGCUGUGACAGAGAUGAAUGGGCGCAUCGUGGGCACCAAGCCUCUGUACGUGGCAUUGGCCCAGCGCAAAGAGGAGCGGAAGGCCAUCUUGACCAACCAGUACAUGCAGCGCCUCUCCACGGUGCGGGCCCUGGGCCGCCCCCUCUUGGGCUCCUUCCAGCAGCCCUCCAGCUACUUCCUGCCCGCUCUGCCCCAGCCUCCGGCCCAGGCUGCGUACUGUGCCUCUGGCUCCAUGGCCUCCAUCCAGCCUGCCCCCAGGUGGACAGCCCAGCCACAUAGACCUUCAUCCGUCUGUCCUCCAGCUGCUGCAAUGGUCCGGCCAACAGGCAUGUCUCGGCACCCCCAGGCCCACGCUGGCAGUGUCAGUCAGGCCUCCACUCAGGAGCUCCACCCGGUGCACCACGCCCAGAGAGUGGCCAACAUUGGUACCCAGACGAUAGGACCCAGUGGGGCAGGAUGCUCUACACCAGGCCGGCCUCUACAGCCAUACAAAUGUCCCUCAACUGUACACAGUACCCGUGGGGUCCAGGAGCCUGCUGUGCACGUGCCUGGCCAGGAGCCCCUGACCGCAUCCAUGCUGGCUGCAGCGCCCCUGCAUGAGCAAAAGCAGAUGAUUGGGGAGCGUCUUUACCCGCUUGUCCAUAACGUACACAACCAGCUGGCCGGCAAGAUCACAGGCAUGCUGCUGGAGAUCGACAACUCGGAGCUGCUGCUCAUGCUGGAGUCUCCAGAGUCCCUCCACGCCAAGAUAGAAGAGGCCGUGGCAGUGCUGCAGGCACACCAGGCCAUGGAGCAGCCAAAGGCAUACAUGCAUUGAAAUCAGGUGGGUGGCUGUGCUGGGAGGACAGGGAUACAGCAGCUGAGCUCAGAAGCAGCUGUGGACAACUGGGCCUCAGGCUGCCUCUCAGAAACUGAGAGCCGUGUUAUGUUGUUGGCUUUGAGGCAUCGAGGAAGCUGAGAAAUCAUCACAUGAGAUGAUGCUCUAUGUGGCUGAAUGGUGAAGAGUCAGGGAGGUGCUCUUAUAGCAGCUGCCCUACUGGCCUCAUGCAGAAUGGUCUGGGCUUCCCCUGGACACUGGCUGGCUCCAUCAGCUGAAUACUGGAUGUCUGCUAUCCUGUAGCAACAAUUUUUUCCCUUUCAUUCCCAGAAAAUGGAUUCCUUACUCCUGUGGCUGUCAAGAGAAACAGCAUCUCCUGCUCUCAGCUCUGAGGCCCUGUGAACUAUAACUUAUUUCCCAACUGGACUGAAUCUUUACUUGAGCCCUCUACAUGGAAUGAAGGCUGUCACCAAGCCAGCCAUUUCCCUUUUGUUUUGUGCAUUAAAAGUGCUGCAAAAUCUGG